AUGAACGUAUCAUCUAUGCUAUCUAAUGAUGGCAACAUAACACCACCACCACCACCACCUCUACCUCAACAACAACAUCCUCAUCCAGUGCUGAUUGGUAUUAACUCUAUUAUAAAUCCAGUACCACAACAACAACCGCAACAGCAACAGCAACAGCAACCACAACCAAAAUCAAUACUAUCUUUGCAACACACAUCAAAUCAAUCAAAUGGACAUUCAAUAAAUGACAACCAAGACAACAACGACGACUAUAACACUACUGCUAUAGUUGGUGAAAUUUUACCAAGUACAGCAUAUGACAAUAAUGAAAAUAACAAUCAACAAUAUAUUAUAGAUCCAGAUUAUAAAUUUCAAUUUGAAAAUAACAUCAAUGUAAUUCAUCGAUUAGAUCAAUAUCAACAAUUAAGUCAUGAUUUAAAAUUAUUAAAGUUUGAUGAAUGUAAAUAUAAUAAUUUAUUAUUGAAUACUAAUCAAUUUGUUACUAAUUAUAUGGAUAGAGUUAUUGCUGAAGAUAUUAGUUCAAGAAAUAAUAAGAUUAGUGACACUAAUAAGAAUAAAGAAUUGAAUUAUAUUGAUUAUUCAAAACCUUUACAUCAUAAUACAACAAGAGGAAAAGAAUUCAAAUGGGGUUCAACUAGAGAGGUCCAUAAGAUAGAACUGAAAAAGAGAAGAAGAGCUGCUGCUACUGCCGCUGCUGCUUCCCUUGCUGCUUCUGCUACUGGUGCUAAUGCUGCUGCUACAACGACUGCUCCUAGUGGUACAACUGGUUCUCCAAAUGGUAACGUAUUAAUCAAGCCAAAACCUGCAAAUGCAUCAGCUACACAACAAAAGAAAUCAUCUCUGGGAGAAGCUGUUAGACGUAGUUCUCGUCCAAAACCAAAGAGAAAAUUAGUAGAAGUAGAACAACCAAAACCUGAACCUGCUCCCAAGAAAGUUAAGCCUGAAGAAGAAUCAACCAAAAUUAAACUUAAACUCACAGUUAAAGAGCCAACUCAUAAAAAUGGUGUUCCACUUAAUACUAAUUCCAAAGAAUAUAAGGCUUAUAUUAGACAAUAUGAUAAUACGUUUAUUGCUAUUUGGAAAGAUAUGUCAAGAAAAGAUGGUCCUAAAGUAAGUAGAUUAAUGCAACAAUCAACUCAAGCAAAAUUAAUUAAUCUUAAAAAGACAACCAUAUUAGCAGCAAGAGAAGCAAAAAGGUGGCAAGCUAAAAACACCAAGAAUCAAAAAGAUUUAGUUACAAAGGCAAGAAGAGCAAUGAGAGAAAUGUUUAAUUUCUGGAAACGUAAUGAAAGAUUAGAACGUGAUUUACGUAAGAAAUAUGAAAAAGAAUUAUUAGAUAAAGCAAAACGAGAAGAAGAAGAGCGUGAAGCUAAAAGACAAUCAAGAAAAUUAAAUUUCUUAAUUACUCAAACUGAAUUAUAUUCUCAUUUCAUAUCUAAAAAAAUCAAAACUGAAGAAAUUGAAGCUGGCGAUUCUGAUCCAAGAUUAUUGACAACAAAACAUGACAAGACUCAUUUGGAUAAAUAUGCAGAUGUGAAUCUUAAUGGAGAAACUCAUGAUAUUAAUACUCUUGAUUUUGAUAAUGAAGAUGAAGAAGCAUUACAUCGUGCCGCAGCACAAAAUGCUCAAAAUGCUUUGGAAGCGGCUCAAUCAAGAGCUAAGCAAUUUGACACUGCUCAUGAACAAGAAGAAGAUGAAAAUGAUCCAUUCAAGAACCCAGAUACAAAUGGUGAAGAAAUGAAUUUCCAAAAUCCAACAUUAUUAGGAGAUUUAUCAAUUGCUCAACCACAAAUGUUGAAAUGUACUUUGAAAGAAUAUCAAGUUAAAGGAUUAAAUUGGUUAGCUAAUUUAUAUGAACAAGGUAUUAAUGGUAUUUUAGCUGAUGAAAUGGGAUUAGGUAAAACGGUUCAAUCAAUUUCCGUAUUGGCAUAUUUAGCAGAAACUCAUAAUAUUUGGGGUCCAUUUUUAGUCGUAACUCCAGCAUCAACUUUACAUAAUUGGCAACAAGAAAUCACUAGAUUUGUACCUGAAUUUAAAGUCUUACCAUAUUGGGGUAAUGCCAAAGAUCGGAAAAUUUUACGUAAAUUUUGGGACAGGAAAAGUUUCCGAUAUGGAAAAGAUUCUCCAUUUCAUAUAUUAGUUACAUCAUAUCAAUUAGUGGUUGCUGAUGCCGCAUAUUUCCAAAAGAUGAAAUGGCAAUAUAUGAUUCUUGAUGAAGCACAAGCGAUCAAAUCAUCACAAUCAUCAAGAUGGAAAUCAUUAUUAUCAUUCCAAUGUCGUAACAGAUUAUUAUUAACCGGUACUCCAAUUCAAAAUUCCAUGCAAGAAUUAUGGGCAUUGUUGCAUUUCAUUAUGCCAAGUUUAUUUGAUUCCCAUGAUGAAUUUAGUGAUUGGUUUAGUAAAGAUAUCGAAAGCCAUGCACAAUCAAAUACAAAUUUGGAUGAACAACAAUUAAGAAGAUUGCAUAUGAUUUUAAAACCAUUUAUGUUGAGAAGAAUUAAAAAGAAUGUUCAAUCGGAAUUAGGUGAUAAAUUAGAAAUUGAUAUUUUCUGUGAUUUAACCAAUAGACAAAAGAAAUAUUAUCAAAUGUUAAGAUCUCAAAUUAGUAUCAUGGAUUUAUUAGAUAAUUCAGUUGGGAAUUUUGGGAAUACCAGUGGAGAGGAAGCAACUUCGUUGAUUAAUUUGGUUAUGCAAUUUAGAAAAGUUUGUAAUCAUCCUGAUUUAUUCGAAAGAGCAGAUGUGAAAUCACCAUUUGCAAUUACUAAAUUUGCGGAAACAAGUUCAUUCUUGAGAGAAAAUGAAUUGGAAUUAUAUUAUAGUUCGGAAAAUUUGAUUCAAAUGCAAUUACCUAGAUUGAUAUAUGAUGAAUUGUUAACUCCUUGUUUUGAAAAUGAUUCCAUUGAUAAAUCAUCAGUGUUUGAAAAAUUCUCGAUAUAUAAUCCGGAGAAUGUUAUACAAGAAACUCAAGAUGGAUUCGGAUGGUUGAAAUUUGUAGGUACAUCCCCAAGUGAAUUAAAGACUAUUGCUAAUAAGAAUCUCAUCUCCAAUGCAAUUGAUUUGAAAUCAUAUACUGAUAUAAAUUAUACCAAAAUGGGAAGAUUUAGAUAUUUAUAUGAUGAAGGUGAAUUUAUCCCAACCAAUAAACAAUUAUUAAUUGCAGAGUAUAAUAACAAAUAUUGUGAUAUUGCAAAUUCAACCAUCUUAUCUGAAUUAUAUUCCAUUAAGGAUAUAGUCUACCAAGAAAUGAGAAUCAAUAGUAUGCACCCAUCAGCAGAACCAAUCGCCAGUGCACCCCCAAUCACCAUCAAUUGUUCAUCAAGAAAUUUCACUCAUGUUCUACAAGAUACUUUAUUCGACACUGAGAUUCGAUCAGCAUUAUUACCAUUAUCAUUAGACACUGAAUAUGAAUUAAUGAAAAAACAACUCCCACUUGUCCAAUAUCCAAAAUCGCAAAUGUUACCACAACCAAUCAACAAUCUUAUCGAUUAUUCAAACAUCAGAAUGCCAAGUUUGACAAGAUUCAUUACCGAAUCAGGUAAAUUAUCCAAACUUGAUGAACUCUUGGUUGACCUCAAAGCCAAUGAUCAUCGAGUAUUAAUAUAUUUCCAAAUGACAAGAAUGAUGGAUUUGAUGGAAGAAUAUCUCAUAUAUCGACAAUAUAAAUAUAUUCGUCUUGACGGAUCCUCAAAACUUGAUGAUAGACGUGAUUUAGUUCAUGAUUGGCAAAAUAAACCAGAAAUCUUUAUAUUUUUAUUAAGUACCCGUGCUGGUGGAUUAGGUAUUAAUUUAACGGCCGCCGAUACUGUUAUCUUCUAUGAUUCCGAUUGGAACCCUACCAUUGAUUCACAAGCUAUGGAUAGGGCUCAUAGAUUGGGACAAACGAAACAAGUCACGGUAUAUAGAUUAUUAACUCGUGGUACUAUUGAAGAAAGAAUGAGAGAUAGAGCUAAGCAAAAAGAACAGGUUCAACAGGUGGUUAUGGAAGGAAAAGCCACUCCUGCUGUUUUGAGUAAGAAGGAAGAAAAUGCGAAUAAGAAAAAGGAUGUGGCGUUUUUGUUAUUGGGUGAUGGUGGGGGGAGUACUACACCUGGAGAUGAGUCUACUUCGGUGAAUUCGACUCCUGAACCAGAACAGAAGGAGAAAGUGAAGCUGAAUAAGAAGAGAAGUUUGGUGAGUGCUGAUGAGGCGUUGAGUAGUAAGAAAUUACAAGAAUUGUAUCAUGAAGGAGAAGGAGAAUUUAGUGGGAAUGUAACUCCUGCCCCUAUGUAA